AUGUCACAGGUAAUCCGAGAGCUCAGCGGAGUGAUUCUCACACGGGCCCCCAAGCUUUGUAAUUUUGUGGAGUGGAGAGGAUUCAAAGUUGUGUAUAAAAGAUAUGCAAGCCUCUAUUUCUGUAUGUGCAUUGACCAGGGUGACAAUGAACUGGAGGUCCUUCAAAUAAUUCACCACUUUGUGGAAAUACUGGAUCGCUAUUUUGGCAAUGUCUGCGAAUUGGAUUUGAUCUUUAAUUUUCACAAGGCAUACUUUAUACUGGAUGAGAUUUUGAUUGCCGGUGAACUUCAAGAAUCAAGCAAGAGAACAAUUGCAAAGCUUAUAGAUGCACAGGAUUCUCUUGUGGAGAUCGCCAAAGAGCAGGCCAGUUCAAUAAGCAACAUGAUUGCACAAGUGACAAAAUAGAGCAUCCGCAAUUCUUUAUCAUCUUUGAUGAACAUCUUAUCUAAUUAGUUGUUUUAUUUUAUAGUUAGAACAUGUAUGAUUCAUUUAUUUCAUUCAUUCAGAAGAGGGGAAAAAUAUCAUAAUUGUUUCAUAGUUAGGACAUGUCAUGAUCCAUUUGUUUCACAUGUCCUUACUCAUCUAAUUCAUUGUCAUUUUUCUUUGAAA